AUGUCCGCCAUCCUCUCCCUAGUAGGCUGGUCCUUCCUCCCAGGCCUCGCAUCAUCCUGGAUCCAAACCAUCUACUACGGCAUCACCAUCCGCGCCGGCGACCCCAAGCCCCGACCCGGCACCCCACGACACGAGGAACACCGUCGCCGAAUCCACAUCCUCGUCGUGACAGCCUACCUCCUCUACACCAUCUACGAAGCAGACUACGACCUCCGCCGACGCUCCUCCUACUACACCGACCUCGGCGUGCCCUUCGCCUCCACUGACCGCGAAAUCAAGUCUCGCUUCCGCCGCCUAGCCGCCCUCCACCACCCCGACAAGACGAGCCCCGACUCGGCCGCCCAGUCCGCCAGCUACUUCAUCCACCUGAAGCUCGCGGCAGACACAUUACAAGAUGUCGCCAAGCGGUUCGCAUACGAACGCUUCGGCGACGUCAUCGUCAACUGGGAGAAAUGCAGCACCAUAAAGGACUUUGUCACCCGCGGCGUGCUUUACACCACGCUGCCGCAUUAUGCUGUUGCUGCGGCGAUGAUUUACGUGCUCGGGUUGUUCGGGUAUAUGGAGUUUGGCAAAUUCUACAGGUGGCUCAUCCUCAUGACCCUUUGUCUGUUUGAGGUUCAUACGGUGACGAGGCCCGAGUUUCCGCCGCUUUUGAAUCUAGUCAAUGCUGUUAUGACGCGGCUCACAUUGCGGGAAGCCUAUCUGCCGUUUCAGCUGAUUGAGCUGUUGAGAAAAGUCACGUUGACGGUGUAUAUUGCGCUUUCGCAAAUAGGACCCCUGCUGGUGCAGGAUUCCAAGACGAAAAAGGCAGCGGCGGAGGAUGAUGAAAAGACUCUGCGGGAGAGUCUGGUGCGAUUGGAGACGCUGUCGAAGCAGAUUGACGCCGACGCUGGCCGGCUGAUGGAUAUGGAAGUCGCGCCGUUCAAGGGCGACCCCGGGAGCAUUAGCAACUUGCAGGGCAAGAUGCGGGAGUGGCUUGUACAAAAUACUAUUCGGGCGGAUCCCAUGGUUAGGGAUGCGGUGGGCAGGUCCUUGACAAAGCGAAGGGUAGAUGCUCCAAGCGGAGCUAAGGGGAACAGAUAG